AUAACACGAUUCAAUGAAUCCAUACACACCUGGAAAUGCAAGGCACUUGCAUACAUGUAUUGUAUGAUAAACUGAACAGUCGGAAUACAAAGUGAAACUAAAAGACUGGCAGCAGUUGUUUGGGAAACGGAGAUGGCAAGUAAACAUAGAGAUACUCCAGCCUGCGCAAUAUGUUUAGAGGCACAGACGGUCGUCAAAGUUGUUCCUACAUGUAAGCACGUCUUCUGCAGGAAAUGUCUGUCCAAACACUUGAGGAGCUUGGGCCUAAUCAGUCAAAGAUUUCCCUGCCCGACAUGCCAUGUUGAGAGUCUGCUACCUGACGAUGGUGUCGAUGGUUUUUUGGACUUCACUGAGGCAACUGAUGUCGAGAAUAAGCCAGUUUCUGAACCAGGCACAGGCACAGACACAGCCACGACAGAUAGGAAGAAAACAAUAUGCAAAAUGUGUCGCUUUACAAAGAAAAUCGAUAUUGAAGCUGACCACUUAUGUGAGGAGUGUCGAAACCUCCAUCUAUGCAAAGACUGCACGAUUUUACACAAAAAUAACAAGGCUACGGAGAAUCACAUUCUCACUCCGCUAAAGUUGAUGAGUGAGAGAGGGGAAGUCGACUGCGUGAUUCAUGAACAUUUGAUUACAAGUUUCUGUUUUACUUGUUCAACUCCAGUGUGUCCAGUGUGUAUCCAAAUUGACCACGGCGAUCAUUCGCUUGAGAAAAUUACGGCAGUGUUUCGUACUAAGAUCAACGAAGUAAAGCGUAAAACUGAGGCAAAGAAGAAACGAUCGAGAGAUAUCAAAUUCUGUGAAAGAGAGCUGAUAGAACUGACGUCAUUGGCUCUUGGCAAGAUGGACCAAGUAGUCUCUGCUGUCGAAGAGUACUCUAAUAGAUGUAUUGAAAAUAUUAUCAAACAAAAGACAGACAUGAAGAAGGCAAUUGUGGCAGACUUCGACAUUAUUCUGGACGUUAUAGCAUGCCUUGACAACAUUCCUGAUUUGACGAAAGAGAUUGACGAGUCGGUUGUCAAGGCACAGAGAAUACUGUCAGAUGCAGAACCGUGUUCAUCAGACUUGGUGAAACUGUAUUCAGUAAGUAAAGAAAUGGAUGAGGCAGACAAGAAGGCAGAGCACAUUAAGAGAGACCUUUACUUGCAGCCAUACAACAAUAUUUGGCCAAAUCUCCCACAUUUUGUGCCAAGUUUACAAGAAUACAACUUGGGAAAGUUGGUUCCUAAGAAGGCGAAGAGAGAUGAAACAUUAGAGCUAAUCUUUGAAAAGAAACUUGAGGCUGACAACCCAACUAUGUUCAUACCCUGUGUCGCCAACCUUGGAAAGGGGUAUUAUGCUGUAGCAUUGCCAUCUAAAGGGGGAGCAGAUAGCAACGCCAUUGACAUAUACAAGUUUCCAUGCAAACUUCUACAGACAUUCAAAGAACUUGAUAACCCUUUGCAUGACAUGGCAUCCACCCCUGAUGGAAACCUGGCAGUCCUGUCACAGGGAAGGGACAGGGAUACAUGCUCUGUGCAACUCUUUCAUCCAGAGAAUGGAUUCAUGAGAAGCAUCGAGUCUACAAAUGAUGUUGUUUAUCGUGAACUGCUUUCAUUCGCUGUUAACCUGCAGCAUGAAUAUGUCAUUCUUAGCAAGGUUGGAGUAGUCCGAAUGGUGACCGUCUUGAAUGAAGACGGUUCAAUAAAACUCUCCCACAAAAUAACAGAAAGAAUGUUCAACAUCAGUAGUGAUGCAUCCAGAAUCACAUGCAGUGCCAGGCACAUCUAUGUCAUGGCAAAUUGGGGAUUUGCUGCCUACGAAGUCAGAGAAAAUCAAAUGACUCUGAUGAUGACCCACCAUUCAGACCUGCUAGGGGGUGUAAAAAUGAUCAAAGAUAUUUCAACAACGUAUUUUGAUCUACUUGCCAUUUGUUACAACAUAACAGAUAAAAAAGCCUGCAUAAAAACAUUUGACAUGGACUAUGACCAUAGCAUAUUGAAUGUAAACGACCAGGAACAUGGGGUUCUGCCACAGGGAGCAGACAGUGAGACAAGAAUUUCUGAGAACAGCAACUUCAUUGUGUCAUCUCAGGGUUGUGCUUUUAGAGUCUAUCAAUUAACAGAAACGAAGCCUUCAUGCCACAAAAAUUGUAAGUCGGCCGGAGGUGGACGCAGACGCAGACGCAGACGCGGGAACAGAGACCAGAACACAAUGCCCCCAUUUCAACUUCGUUGAGCGGGGGGGGCAUAAUCUGUCAACUAAAGCCUUCCCUAGUUUUCAAAGCCCUCAUUCGUAGGAAGCAAUGGAACCUAGUGUAGUAAAUACACAUUGGAACCAAGGGCAACCAGAGCAGGAAAGUGUGCCAGUGGAAUCACUGGAUUAAUGUUUUGCCGCUAAAUGUAUACAUUUUCACCAUUUUUUUUCUUCCUCAGGACCGAUGGAGUUCUCAGUUUGAACUUUCUAGUGUGUUUUUAAACUGCCUUGUUGACUAAGUAUACACUGGUAUACAGUCAAGUACUCGAUGUGUUACACACCGCCUUGUAGAAUAUGUAAAUACUUUCUUACCUGAUUU